AUGUCUAGCCAACAGCAGGUAGACCCUAAGAAGCAGCAGGAGCUGCAGCUCCAGUACACCAACUUCAAGAACACCCUCCAGCAAUUAGCGCAAAAGAUUGGCGACAUUGAGCAGGAAGCGGAGGAGCAUAAGCUCGUAAUCGAAACAUUGGAUCCUCUCCCGCAAGACCGCAAAUGUUUCCGCAUGGUGAACGGGGUAUUGGUUGAACGCACCGUGCAAGAUGUCCUGCCACUGCUGAAAACAAACUCGGAUGGCCUUAAGCAGGUGCUGGAAGAUAUGCUGAAGCAAUAUAAGUCAAAGCAGACUGAGCUGGACAGCUGGAAGAAGAAGAACAACAUCCAGGUGGUGCAGCCCUGA